ACCUCCUCAAAAAAAUCCAAAAAAAGAGAUACAAACGGGGCAGAUAUAGAGAGAGAAAGUGAGAGAAAUGUAGAGAGAUGAAGAGAGAGGGGGAGUGAGCUGGUGUUUCAAAGAAACUAAUGUCUCUUUCCUUUAAAUUUCCGGGUCUCAUGUCUUAUACAAGUCUGUUUGCUUCUGAAGAUUUGUCUCCCUUUUCCAUUUGAAAUUGCUCGGCAGAUCCAAUUCCUUAUUUUUUUUCUUCAUUUUGUGCACCUUUCGAUGAUCUGAGUCUCAUUUCUUGGUGUUUUAGAAAUACCCGCUUUGGUGUUUGGGUCCUUUGGGGGGUUCUAGCCUUUGCUGUCUGGUUCAGAGGCUCUGCAUGGUGGUGAAGGAUGUGGGUUUGAGGUUUUGCUAGGAAUGGGAACAAAUUUACUGUAUGAGAGCUUCCCAGGAAACUACUCCACUUGGGAUCUUAAUAUGGAAGCUGUUGGCAGUAGGUGCCUCCCUUGUAAUGAUGAUAAAACCUUGAAAAGUGAGCUACACUAUAAUGGUGCAUUGCCGCCACCUGCUCUGCACAGACAGCUUGGGUCUGACAAGGAAGAAUUAAGGCAGACCAUCCUGAAGCAAGAAGUCAUGUUUAACGAUCAGGUGCAGGAACUCCAUCGUCUUUAUAGAAGACAGAUGGAAUUAAUGAACGAAAUUGAAAAGAAGCAACUCCAUAAGCAGUCUGACUAUGCCGUGAAGAUGUCACAGGAGCCAAGGGAUCUUGAUUCAAUUUCAACGAGACCAAACAGUUUAAUUGACUUGAAUCAACCUUAUCAGGGGGAAGAAGCUGGAACUUCAAACUCUGUUUAUUCUCUUGGUCCUGGGAUCAGCCAGGGAGAGAUCCCAGGCAGGGAUCCAUCUGCAAAAACAAAUUCAGGAUUUGGAGUUUUAUCCAUGGAAAGUUUUGGUAAUAGUGAAACUAAAAAAAACGUGGAUGCAUGCUCAAGGCCGCAGGAGCAUCCACCUUUUACCAAUGAAGCUGGGCAUAAUAGAAGCACAUUGGUCGAUUUUCAGUUACCAUCAGUUUCAACUCGGGGGAGGCCAAGACAUCAUUUGGAGCGGAGUCCAAUAGUGGUUUUAGCACUUCCUGCCUUUAAUGGCCCUGCCCCAUUGAAUAAGUUCUCCAGACGAUCAAUUGCUAGGCCUAGGCAUACUGGCAACAAGCUUCAUGUGGGUAGAAGUUCGAGAUGUAGUCCACAACAUGGACAUGUGAGGUCCAAGAUCACUUCCCAUGACUCCCAUUUCGAGUCCAUGACAAGCAGUACUGACCAUGAUUUCUCUCCUGGACACCCUGCCCAUAAGGAGCACUUAAAGGGUUCAGAUAUGAUGGAUGUGAAAUCAGAGAGGGAUAUGGACUUAAAUUCCAUUCCCCCUGCUCGUUCUGCAGAUGUGGUUUCCCAACAACAGACUUGUACCAUGGAUAAAGGCAACAAGUCUGAAGAGAGUUGGCCAGCACUUUCUGUUCCAGGAGCUUCUGUAGUGGCACCUAUUAGUCCAGAAAACCAGGAGUGUCCCCGACCUAGAGGAGAAUCUGAGGAGACUCCUCUAGAUUUGUCCCAAGGGAAAGGUACAGGUCCACUAGAGAAGCCUGACAAAAUUGCAGCAGAGGAAUCACUUUUCACUUCUUCAACUGGGAUUGAAGCUUGUUUAGAGAGUGCUGCUUGUGAUCCAUCCAACACUUCACCCCUGUAUUGGUUUGUCACUAUUUGUUUGGAUCCUAACACUGAGUCUAAAUUAUCUUUUAGUGGCAAUAAUGGUUCUGAACAGGAGGGGUUGUCAUGUGAUGAGGUUGAUUACUUCGAAGCCAUGACAUUGAAACUAGUUGAGCUUAAGUCAGAAGAGCACCUGUGCAAGAACAAUAGCCAAAAGGAGGAAGGGACAUGCUCUACCAUAUUUCUGAGUCAACCAAAAAAGGGCCGCCGGUGGAGACGACAGAAGGACUUUCAGAAGGAAAUCCUCCCCAGCCUCGCCUCUCUCGCGAGGCAUGAGGUGGCUGAAGAUCUUCAGACAAUAGGAGGGCUGGUGAAAGCUGCAGGUUCUCCUCCAGGAACAAAGUUGGCAAGAGAUGCUGGUAAAAACAAGGAGGCAAGGGGGAGGAAGCGGAUGAGAGCCUCUGUCUCCAAUGUGGUGGAGAGCACUGGGUCUAUGCCAUUGCAACAGCCAGCUGCCACUGCUGAAGCGGGGUCACAGGACAGAUGGCUAACAGGGUGGGGGAGUGUAAGGCGCCGGGGUCAGAGACAUCGGGCAAGUAAUCCUUCUCUUCUUUUAACUCAGUUCUCAUGAACUUAUACUAAGCUGCUUUGGUUUGUUACAGGAGGGUGGGAAAGCAGAAGCUUGUUCUUAUAGUUUUUAUAGUUUUUGGUUUGGAGUAAUUUUGAGUUAUAGGGUUGCCUUGUACAGUCUUAUAGAGUUCAGAAUUUGGGAGCUUCUAUACAUGUGAAUGCUUUAGCUUUUAAGAGUUACUAUUUCUCUCAGAGGAGAAUGAGAAAGAGUAGUGGUGCCUCCAUGGCACCUUGCAUAAGACAAUUUUUAUGCCA